AUGUCGUCAAUAUCCUCCCUCUGCGACUCUCUCCAGACCUCAACAGUCCACGUCGUCGAUGGCCUCCGCAGCUUCGUCACGUCUUACCCGCAAGCGCGUCUAGACCUGGCUUCUCUGUCGCGCGAGCUCGCAGAGCUGCAGAUGGUGGCGAGAUUGCUUCACCACAACGCCCAAGCUCUCGAUACCGACGCUGACCUGAACUUGCCCACGAGGCUGGACGGUGCGCUCAAAGGCGUCGUCAGUGAGGCUGGCGAAUUGAUUGAGGAAGCCGAGGAAGCCUUGGAUCUCGACAAGGAGGAGGAGAGAACGCAGAGCUGGCUUGAGCAUACCGCUGAACGAUUGUCGGCUUUUGCGAAAUUGCUAGAGAGUUUGAGAAGUUCCAUGAGUUUGGGCUUGGAUUGUGUGUUAUUAGUUAUCAAUGCUCAGCCUCAUGAUGGACAGAGAGAACUUCCCGGUUACAGCAGUUCUCAAAUCCUCCAGGAAGCGUCUACUCUACGCUCAAAAUACCUCGGAGAGUCAGACAGCGAAGACUACCGCGUUGAAAGCCAACGAACCAUCAUUACUGAAUUCCUGGAAGCUGUUCACGAUUUUAUCUCAGACAGCUCCUCUGCUGUGCCUCCUCCUCCACCAGCCGACUAUGAAGAAAGCAGAGAUGUCAGCAACAGCAACAGCAGCUUCGCCAACCCUGAGUAG